CUCCAUUGCCAAAAAAAAAAAAAAAAAAAUUCAUGGAGCUUUAGUAUCAAUUUUCUUUACACGAUUCUCUAUUUUAUAAAUGGCUAUUAUGGCGAGCCUUUCCGGUGCUAACCUCUUCUCUUCUCCCCCUUCUCCUCCUCUCAAAAACGACGCCAUUAAAAGACCUCCAAACCCUCCAAUCCCAAUUCCCAAAUACCCACCGAAAAAGAGGCAAGAACGAGAGAAAUCACCAUUGGAGAAGGCUUUCAGAGCUCCACAUAGAGGAACCAACUACUAUAAACCAGUCUCUGAUGGCGUCAUUUCGGCGGAGGAGGACGGUCGAUCAGUGGUUAUCGGAGAAUCAGGGGUUUCUUAUCUCAUACCAGGUGCGCCAUUUGAGUUCCAGUUCAGUUAUUCUGAGACGCCUAAGGGUAAGCCUUUGGCCAUUAGAGAGCCUGCACAUUUGCCCUUUGCGCCGCCGACUAUGGGGCGGCCAUGGACUGGUAAGGCUCCAUUGAAGAAGAAGAAGGAGAAGAGGAAGAUCAAGCUCUUCGAUUCCUUUGAUUCUUUAAUAGCGGAAGAAAAAAACGGAGAGAAGAAGAUGAUGCAUAUGCUUCGACCUUUUGAGAUUGGGGAGUCUAUGAGAGAGAAAAGGAGCAGAGAAGAGAUACUUGGUUCUCCGGUCAAGCGAGGGGAGGUUCGAGCUCUGGUUAAGCCUUGCUUGUCCAAUAAUCGUCAGGUUAAUCUUGGGAGGGAUGGCUUGACUCAUAAUAUGCUUGAGUUAAUACACUCACAUUGGAGACGGCAGGCGGUGUGUAAGGUUCGAUGCAAAGGUGUUCCAACUGUUGACAUGGACAAUGUGUGCCAUCACCUUGAGGAAAGGACAAGGGGAAAAAUUAUCCUCCGAAUGGGUGGUGUUGUUUAUCUUUUUCGUGGACGGAAUUAUGAUCAUCGAACUCGUCCACGCUACCCCAUAAUGCUUUGGAAGCCUGCUACUCCUGUCUAUCCAAAGCUCAUACAAGAAGCUCCAGAAGGUUUGACAAAAUCAGAGGCCGAUGAGCUGAGAAAGAAAGGGAAGAAUCUGUUGCCAAUAUGCAAACUUGCAAAAAAUGGAGUAUAUAUUACUCUUGUAAAAGAUGUGAGGGACGCUUUUGAAGCAUCAAGUAUAGUUAAAAUAAAUUGCCAAGGAAUGCAUGCAAGUGAUUACAAAAAGCUAGGAGCCAAACUCAAGGAGCUGGUUCCUUGUAUUCUUCUUUCUUUUGAUGAUGAGCAGAUACUAAUGUGGAGGGGUCAAGAUUGGAAAUCUAUGUAUCAGGAUACUCCACCUACAGUUUCAGGUGACAAUAGUACCUAUUAUUCGAACUUGAAUAACACGAGCCUCUUGUCUUCGGACGACACAACUGGAGCCGAAAACCUUGUUUCAGAUCAAAUGGUUGGGUUGGAUGUGGGAGCAAGCUCUCCUAAGAUCAAAAGCAAGAGAAUGAUGUCCUUGUGGAAGAGUGCAAUAGAGUCAAGGAAAGCGUUGUUCCUUGAAGAGAUAAACCUUGAUCCUGAUGCUCUUUUAAAGAAAGUUGAGGAGUUCCAGAAUGUGUCUCAAGCAAUGGAGCAUUCUUAUCCUGCUGUAGUUUUACCUGAAGCUGAAGCAGGCAAGAUAUCGGAGGAAGACUCCUCUGGUAAAAGUUGGGAGUUCGAAGAUGAUGAUGAUGAUAAUGAUGAUGAUGAUUCUGGUGAGGAUUUUGAAGUAAUAGAUGAGUCAGUUCCUUUAGGUUCUUUACCUGUGGAUUUCCUUGCAGAGCAGUUGAGUUCAGAUUAAUAUAACUCUCUCUGAGUCUCUGUCUCGCACUCUCUCCAGAUGUAACUUAAGAUUAUAUGCAAUGAUCAUUAGCUUUCAUCCGCAAAGGUCACAUAACACCUCGAGCAAUAAAAUGUAAAAUUGUAUGUC